AUGUCCGUCGAGGCCGAAGAGACUGGUAGGGGCAGCGGAGACGAGCUCGCAGAUGAUGCACCCAAGCCCACCCGACCCGUCCAGAAGGGCGAUGGCACAGUAAAUUACGCCGCUCUCCUGCGCGCAUCUAAUAUACGCGGCAACCUUGUUAGGGCGGAUGAGUCUGCGGAGUUGGAGGUUGUGGGCAGCUUCAUCGUCGAUUCCGGCCUGGCGUUCCUGUUCUUCAAGCACGCGCUCGAGCAGCCCCUUUCCGCUGUACCGCGGGAAGACCGGGAAGCGAUGAUAGAGACAUUCAUUGACGACGAGUGA